GAGAAAGAAGGAAACGGGCACUUUAUAGUAAUAAUAAAUUCUUGGACACUUUCACCCCUUAUUCAAUGCUUUACCAAACUCCCUAUCCUCUUCUCUUUCAAUUUCAUCCCUUACCUUCUUCUUCUUCUUUCACCAUUCCUCUCUCAACCAUAUCACAACCCCAACUUUCUCUCACAAAGGCUUCAAAAACAGAAAUGGAGUGCGUUGAAACAGCGUUGAAAACAAGUUUAAGGAAAGACAUAACUCCUCAAACAUUUGUUGAUGAGCUUACGGUACUAAAUGCACAAAAUGGAACAACCUCUGACGAUUUUUUCGUUGAUGACCUCCUUGAUUUUUCUCACGUUGAAGAACAACAACAAGACGAAGAACAACAAAACCAACAACAACAACAAGACUCUGUUUUUGUCUCCCUCAAACAAACCCAUGAAAUUUCAAACCUUAACAACAGCAACAGCAACAGUUUUUCUCUCAAAAAUGAUUAUGCUUCUCUACCCACUAGCGACCUCAACGUCCCGAGUGAUGAUGUAGCAGAUGAUUUAGAAUGGCUUUCACAUUUUGUUGAAGAUUCUGAUUCUUUCUCGGAAUUUUCUGCUGUUAUGCCGGUUGUAACUUUAACAACAACGGAGAAAAACCCAAAGGGUGUUGUGGUUUCUGAGCCCAAGCCCAAGAAUGAAAGCCCGGGCCCGGUUGUUACUACUUUCAAAACUCCGGUUCAGACAAAAGCAAGAAGCAAAAGAACAAGAAACGGUGUUCGGGUUUGGCCAUUCGGGUCAAAUACUUUAACCGAAUCUUCUUCAAGCUCCACAACUUCAUCUUCAACUUCUUCUUCAUCUCCAACUAGUCCCUUGUUGAUUUACACCAACUUGGUCCAGAAAUUUGACUCGGCUCCGGCGAAGAAACCGAAGAAAAUGACGGGUUUUAACGGGUCGGGUCAUGGCACGGUGGUUGUAACGCCGGCGGCACCGCGACGGUGCAGUCAUUGCGGUGUAACUAAGACUCCUCAGUGGCGAACUGGUCCUCUUGGUGCAAAAACGCUUUGUAAUGCAUGUGGGGUCCGUUUUAAAUCGGGUCGGUUAUUACCGGAAUAUCGACCCGCUUGUAGUCCUACAUUUUCAAGUGAAUUGCACUCUAACCACCACCGGAAAGUUCUUGAAAUGCGGCGGAAGAAGGAGGUUGUUGAUGGUGUUGAAAUUGAAACCGGUUUGUCCCCUUCUCCGGUUGUUCCAAGUUUUUGAUUAAUUAUUAUUUAAUUAAAAAAGAGAGGAAAAAAAAAACUAGAUAGAAAAAAUGUAGUGCAGAUUUUAGACCCGGUUCAAUAGGACCCGAGCCCGAGUUAGUGUACACAUUUUUUUUUCCUUGUAUUAUUGAGUGCGGUAGUUAAUUAAUUAGGCUUUUGUAACUGUUUAGGAGAUUUUAAUUUGAUAUGCAUUAUGCUUAUGCAACUCCUUUUUAA